AUGUCUCAAUCAGACGCAGAUAAAGAGAAGGAAAAAAGCCUAGUCAAUAAAGCUGUUGAUGCUAUUAUCAGGCCACCAAGACGUCAUUAUGAUGUAAGCAAACUUCCAUUGUAUUUGAAUUGCGGAGAUAAACAAAAUUAUGUAAGACAUCCUUUAAACUUUUCAAAUGCACGCGAUCAGAAAAUUGUUGGCUCUAUAUAUCUUACAGAAGGUCAAGAUAUCAUGAACGGUGGUCCAUGUAUCAUUUACAUGCAUGGCAAUGCUUCAAGUCAAAUAGAAGGUCAAUUCUUGAUCCCCAAUUUUUGUCCACGCGGUAUAGCAGUAUAUUGCUUUGAUUUUGCUGGCUGUGGCGAGAGUGAUGGCGAUUAUAUUUCACUUGGAUACUUCGAAACUUUGGAUAUUAACUAUCUUAUGGAUUUCUUACAUUCCACAUUUAACUUAAGUCCAUUUGCUCUUUGGGGCAGAUCAAUGGGUGCUGCUACAGCUGUUCUUGCCAGAUCCCAAUAUCUUAAAUGCAUUGUUGUUGAUUCAACAUUUACAUCAGUCCCAGAUGUCAUAUCUGAUAUUGCCAAGAAGCAGAAAUUACCAAGCUUCCUUGUUCCGGCCGUUUUAUGGUGGCUUAAGAACACAGUAAAGGGAAGAGCUGGAUUUGAUAUGAAGGACGUAUCCCCAUUAGAAGCUGGUUCACAACCAGACGCAGUUCCAAUGAUUCAAGGUCAUGCAACAGAUGAUGAAUUUAUUCCAAUUGAUCAAGGCAGACAACUCUUCUCAGCUUACUCUAAUCCAGAUAAAGUAUUCCAUCACUUACACGGAGGCCACAACGGAAGAAGAAAUGCAAAUUGGCUCACAGAAGCAAUUAAAUUCGUUUUGAGCCACUUCGGAGCUAAUGUUGGUGAUGUUAAAUACAUUUCUUACACAGGAAUGCAAUCUCAGGAUGAUGAACACUUCAAAGAUUUCGAUGCCAUGAUGGAGGGUAAACGCAAUUGA